CCCCAGGGAGGCGGGGCGGGCUAGUGGGCAGCUGCCCCCGGGUGGGGCCAUGGACGAGCAGCAACCUCUGGGGGCUACUGGAGUCGCUAACGCGGAAUCUGGGGCGGCCAGGGACGAGCCAGGCGGCAUCAGGGACAUGGAGGCCGGCGCCGGGGUGGCCUCCCGAGCAGUCUUGUCUCACGGUUCUGGGCACCCCCUGCACUCGGGGGCAGUCUGUCCUUGUUCCAGCGAGCCCUCCCGGGGAGUAGAGGUUCUCAACGUUGGGCGCAGACAGCACCCUGGGGAGGCGGCUGACCACAGCCUUGGGCACUGCAGACACCUGGACGGACUCAGCUCCUCCGCCCCUGGAACCAGCGUGUUUACGGUGUCCGACCCUGUGCCCGGGGGGCCUGGAGUGUACAUCCCGGGAAACAGUGUGCACUCCGGGUCAGUUAGCUUGGACUCCUGCAAGCCCAGUGAAAGCCAACUGCGAGGCAUCCUAAAAAAUAACAGCCCCGUUUUGACGGAGAACCACCCCGCCACGGAGCGGAAAAAGUCUCAACACUGGGAUGAGAUGAAUAUCCUGGCCACCUACCACCCGACUAAUAAGGACUACGGAUUCAUGAAGGUGGAUGAACCCAGCACCCCCUACCACAGACUGCAGGACAGCGAUGAGGACCUGCCUUCUGAGUCCUCUAAGGUAGUGACUCCUGGAAUGCUAAGCGAGAGGCUUGCAGCAAUGGACAAUUUCCACCCCAGAGUCCGUCAGUAUGGUGAUAACAGAAGCUCAGGGUCUCCAGACAGCUUUUCCAAAACAAACUCCAGCGACUUCGAAAAGCGCCGCAAGUCACACUACAAUGAAGGGAAGUUCCUCAAGGCUCAGAAAAACCUAUCUUUGGACAAUAACAAGAGCAGCAGUGGGGUCCCCACUCUUCAGGUCAGUAGAGCGGCACCAGAAAGUCUGAGAGGCCCCAGACAUCGCGGAGCACAAGGCUCGAAUUGUGAGGAAAAGAGCCAGGGAGGUUCAGAAGCGGUUGGAACCCCCUCCAGCUUGACAUCACCGCCUGGCCCUGUGCUUCCUCCCUGACUUCUCUCUGCCACCCAGCCCACUCCAGAUGAGACCCUGUGGCUUCAGUGGACCCCCGAGGAGGAAGAAGGCAGACAAUGAAAACUACAGCCCACUGGGGGAUGGGGUGAGGGCCAACCUUUCCCUGCCCUCACCACCCUAGGGGUAGGCAAUAAAGAGAAGAGCAGGA